AAGAAGAAGCGUAGAGAAGUUCGCGAUUGUGUGAAUUUUCAGAAGUUGUCCGGUGUCCAGGGAGCGUGUGUGUGUGUGUGUCGUCUCCGUUCACCCUUUCGAUCCAGAGGAAGCGUGUGUGUGGAGUUACCAAGCAACAACAACAGGGUGAAGCAGUUGAUAAAAUGAUGGAGCCACCGGAAAUAUAUGAAGGGAUCCCAAAGCCUCGUCAAGUGAAAACUGAAGACGAGGAAGCGCUGUCAAUGUUUCACGAAGAAAAAGACGAAGCUGAGAGAACGAGCAGAAGGACGCCUCGGGGAAGGAAGCUGUAUUACUGCGUGCAGUGUGGAAAUAGCUUCAGUGUGGCGGCGCGCUUCAGACGGCACCAGCGCAUUCACAGCGGGCACAGGCCGUACCAAUGCCCGCUCUGCCACAGCGGCUUCACCUCGCAGGAGAAUCUGAGCGAACACCUCGCGCACGCACACACACAAGCCAGCAGCAAACCUCACCGCUGCACUCACUGCGGCAAGGGCUUCGUGCGGCCCGGGAAACUCUGCAUCCACAUGCGCGUGCACACCGGGGAGAGGCCGCACCACUGCGCAGACUGCGGGAAGAGCUUCAAGAGCGCAGACGAGCUGCAGAGACACACCGCUAUCCACACCGAGAUAAAAACACACCAGUGUUCGGAGUGUGAGAGCAGCUUCAGGAGAUCCACGCAUCUGCUGAGACACAUGCGCACACACAGCGGAGAGAGACCGCACCAGUGCAUGAGCUGCGGGAGACGAUACUCACGCUCAGACCACCUGAGGAGUCACCGCUGCACACAUACACACACUGACCGCAAAACAAGGAGAGUUCAACGCUAACACUGACACCAUUUACGAGUUCACCAGUCGACCUAGUUUGAGUUUCUUCACACGCAUGAAGAUAUUCUGAAGAAUGCUGGAAAACAGACACAUCCAUUGUAGGAAUUAAAAAUACUAUGGAAGUCAGUGGUUGUUUUUUUUCCAGCAUUCUUUAGAAUAUCUGUGUUGGAACCAAGAAAGAAACUCCUACAUGUUUAGAAACUCUGAGUAAAUGAUGAGGAAACUUCAUUUUCAGUCGAUUGGUGGAUUAAAAACAGUGGAAAGGAGUUUGUCUCUCGGUGUUGAGGUCUAAACUCGGGUGCUAGAAAUAAAGUCAGAAUUGUCAAACAGGAAUCUGAAUUCUCACAAUUCUGACUUUUUUUUUUUUCUCAAAAAAAUGUAAAACAGCAUGCAGUUUUGCUAUAGCAGGCUUUUUUGUUUGAUUCAAUG